CCACAACUCCUUUUACUUCCAUCAAUUGGAUGAGCUUGAGCCAUCUCUCCUUAGCUGCACAUCUGCUAGAAGACCUGGAUGCUUUUUGCCAUUCUGAUGGUAAAUGAUGAGACAGGCAACCAUGGAUUUCAGCACUCCAUCUGUGUUUGAUCAGCAAAAAGGUGAUUCAUCUGAGGAAGUUGACCUGACCAUGGUGUAUCAGGCGGCAUCUAACGGAGAUGUCAAUGCUCUGACUGCAGUGAUUCGGGAAGACCCUUCCAUCCUAGAAUGCUGUGACAGUGAAGGAUGUACACCCUUGAUGCAUGCGGUUUCUGGACGUCAGGUGGACACAGUAAAGCUGUUGUUGAAGAUGGGGGCCAAUAUUAACUCCCAGGAUGCUUAUGGCCGCACAAGUCUGUGCCUGGCAACCUAUCUGGGUUGGCUGGAAGGCUGUGUGAGUCUGCUCAGAAAUGGUGCCAAACACAAUAUCCCAGAUAAAAAUGGCCGUCUGCCACUGCAUGCCGCCACUGCUGAACCUGAUGUGAGGCUCCUAACAGUCCUGAUGCAGCAGUCAAAUCUCAGCGAGAUUAACCAUCAGGACACUGAGGGAAUGACACCACUGCACUGGGCAGCUUUCCACAACCAGCCUCAGCAUACCCAAAUGCUGCUGAAGAAGGGGGCAGACCCCACCCUUGUGGAUAAAGACUUUAAAACGGCUCUCCACUGGGCAGUGCAGAGUGGAAAUAGAAUUCUGUGUUCCAUCAUUCUGAGUCAUCACCAGGGUCCGUCCAUAAUCAACUAUGAUGAUGAGAGUGGAAAGACGUGUGUGCACAUCGCCGCAGCAGCAGGUUUCAGUGACAUUAUUACUGAACUGGCAAGAGUCCCUGAAUGUAACCUGCAGGCUCUGGAUGUGGAUGACAGAACACCUCUGCAUUGGGCUGCAGCUGCAGGGAAGGCAGAAUGUGUGCAGUCACUGCUAGAGUUGGGCAUGGACAGCAACCUGCGAGACAUCAACGAGAGUACGCCCCUGGCCUACGCCCUGUACUGUGGCCACAUGGCCUGUGUCAAGCUCCUCUCCCAAGAGAGCAGAACAGAGCCUACUCGACCCCUUCCUUCCCAGAACAGUAGACCCCAGAAGGAGGGACGUUUCAGCAUGCUCAAUCAAAUCUUCUGCAAAAACAGAAAAGAAGAGCAGAGGGCCUGUCCGAAGCCUCACACUAGAGAUGCACACAGUGGGGAGCAUACCUCGGAAGUCGAUGACAUCAUCACCACCUUUGACAGCGUCAUGGAUACCAACUGCCAAGAACAGCCUGGUGAUCAGGUGGCUAUGGUUGACUUUAAAAAGAAGACCUCAGAGCAUUCAAAAUCUCUCUUGCCAGAAAAGAAGCCUCUGGCCCAUAAGGGGCUUCCACCAAUCAGAACGCAGAGUCUCCCACCCAUCACCCUGGCCAAUAACUUCCUGAUGGCCUCCCAUGGGUCUACUUCUCGUGCUGGCCUGAGCUCUGGUACUCACCAUAUAGCCCAGCGAUCUCAGAAAAGCCGAAGUGAGCAGGAUUUAUUGAAUAACAGAACUGGUGCCCAGCUAUUGCUAGAUAACCCCUGGAGAGGUGAUUCUAAUCAGGUGCUCUACAAAGCUUGGACUGUAUCCUCUUCUGACAAGCUGCUCGACAGGUUGCUCACCAGCAGGUCCAGUCACCAGGAAGUCUCCGGGCCUCCAUAUCUUCCUCAUCUACACAAUCCUUCAUCAGGGCAAAAUUUUCAGCAUCUCUCCCCACACAGACCCAAAAUCAGGGACCUUCCGUUCAUCCGGAACAACCUAGCUCCUCUACCAGACCAAAAAUUCCUAUCUGGAGAACCUCUACGAACAAACCGAGUGCUUCCUGCUAUUCCAAGUCAACGAGGACACAGCAUACCAGCUGAAGAGAGUGAAAACUCUGCCAAUCCCACCAAUGAUGAAAAUUAACUAUGGAUCAAACUCACUGUAAAAAUAUAGAUUAUAUAUAUUUUCAACUGUCAAAGGAUGGCAUUACUCUAGUUUAUAAGAACAGAGACUAAUUUAGUAAAUUGCAUUCUAUAAGCCAUUCAUAGUUUUAUAACUCAAAAUUCUUUAUUCCAAAUAAAGACAUUUCCCAAAUGAGCACGUAGAAUCUUUGAUUGUGCAUAUGUUGUAAGUCUGUGAGUUUCUGUGACCUCUAUAUGCCAAAAUAAAAAGUCAAAAUAUGUUAUCAGCAGGGAAACUUAGCUACGUUUGGUUUGCUUUGUGGCAUGUGUGCUGAUUGUUUUCUUUUCUGAAUGAUUUUAUAUUUUAGUUUUAAAGUAUGCUUUGCUGAAUAAAAACCACAAAAGCACAUUCCACAAUGUUCUCCGCAUUUAUUGUAGUUCUACUUUGGACUGAUGAAGAAAUUAAAAUUAAAGUAGUAACUUCCUUAGUCAGUCACAGUUUAUGGCUUUUAAACAUACAAUCU